GGAACUCAAAAUGGGUGUUCUGUGCAGGCGCUAGAGGGCUUACAGCCGCAGCCUGCAGUGCACCCGCUCUAGCGUCGUCGUGCUGUUGUCUUUGGCGUGCGUCCUCCGCGCUGGUUCGCUGCUUUCUACGAACGUCGGUCGGAAACUCGCUGUUGCUCCUCGAGGGUACGACAGCGCCUCUUUAGUUUGUUUCUCGGUCCCAGAACCCCCGCGAUGUGAGCUGUUCCUUCUCUGGCCGGCUACCGGCACAUCGGCGAAGCGCGUUGCACCACCCAAGCACCCUCCCACCUGCACAUCUGCUUACUAUUGCGUAAUUCGCGCAGACAGUUGGUGUGGAGCUGGCGCGCGCAUCGGCCGGGGGUGCACCGACGGCCCUGUCGAGGACACCGCAGGCCCCCCACCACAAUUGCAGCGGCAGAGGCGGCACUGCCCGUUGCUGCCCAGCCGUCGCCGUUUACGCCGUCCACACCGACCUGCUGUGCAGGGCAGUGGUGUAGUGAAGUGGCAUCAAGAUCGCCAGGUGGCUUAUCGUUGUUGUCACCGCCGCCGCUGCCGUCGCUAAGCAUGCUCGAGGCUGGCCAUUUGCGGCAGCCACAGUGCGGAGCUGAACUCCUGCAUCGUUGACCAGCGCACGACCGCCGUUGCCGGUGGUGGCGGGGAGAGGAAAUGCUUGUGCUCCGUGCCGGUGCUGCACCGUGGCGCCUGCCAGCUCGCUACGAACGCAUGGCCCAGCAGUGUCUUGCAGCGCAUGUGUUUGACAGCCGAGCCUCACAAGGCCAGGCAUGCCUUCGUGGUUAUCCCACCGCACGUAGCGCCACGGCCAGCACUCCCACAGGCGACGGCACCCUGUCGACUCGGAGAUGCCGGCGAAACUUUGCGCCGUUGCGUGCCCCGGCGCCAAGACCACAUGCGAGGAUUCCCGAGGCGGCGUGACACCGGGCUUUCUCUGCGGGAGCGCCCGUCAGUGCCGCGGUGGGUGCGAGAGUAAAGAGGAUACACAAAGUAGAACAGCCGGGGAGGUGUGCCUUGGGGUUUCCCUUGUGCGUGGGACGGUGUGCAGAACUGUGGUGAUGGCGGUCACCUCAGGGCGGUGCCGGGGUGCGGUAGCCACAAUGUGGGGAAGCCAGGUGCCUGCGACCUGUCGAGUUGGGUCGCGGGUUUGUUGGCGCGGCGGACAGGUCCGGGUUGGUCCCACGCCAAAGGAACCUGCAGCAACAUGUGCGUAUGAGCCGACCUACAGGAAUUCGUGUCCGCGGGCUGCGGAAUCGUGCUCUUUGGGCUUUCUUCAGCGGCGCAUUCGCAGCGACGACGACGCCGAAUGCGGAUGGUGUGUCGCACUGUGCAUGCGGGGAGCGAACCUGCCCCUCCGCUGCCGGGGCUUCCGCCUGAACCGCCGCCGUGCGCUUACUUUGCGGAGGCAGCUUCCGACCCAGUCCCGUGCCCCGUCUGCUGCGAGUGUUGCGUGCGCCGACCGCAUCUCAUUCGCCGUCUCGUACGCGACCACGGGAUCUCUGCCCCGGCGGAGCUGAGCUGGCAGCUUGCUCGGGCGCUCCACGCGUCGCCGCCUGGCUUAUUCCACCGCUGUCCUCUGUGCACCUUCCUUACUGCGAGCACACUGACGUUCUCCCAGCAACGCAUGCUCGGUCACGGCCCGCUGCGGCUCGACACUCCCCCGCCCGUGAGGCGAGUUUGCGUAGUCGUGGAGCCCGAGUGCCCCACCUGCCACCGCCGGACCGCUGCCACGCACGCGCAACGCCACCGUCGAACGACGCACGCGGGUGGCCGCACCGCCGCUGCAGCCGUCGCCCCUCCCGCAGCCGUCAAGACGGGCACGCCGCCGCACACUCGUCGCACAACGGGUCCCCGUGUCCAAGUGUGUGCAGCCUGCCACUACGCUCUCUUUACUAUUCCCGGCAUCCUCUGCCACGCCUGCACGCACCAUGCCGUUGUCGCGAGACUAGCUGUCCCCGUCGCGGGUGGUCGGCCGCAGUCUGUUCUCGCCCGUCCGAUGGGUCACCGCUGCCCCCUAUGCCCCGCUGCCUUUAUCGAGCCUGAAGGACUGAAGUGUCGCCAAGCAGCUGAGCGUGGCAUUGGUCAUCCUUCUGACUUUGAGAUAUGGAGCCGGCUGCGGUGCGAGGAGACUCCGAGACACCCGUUGGUGUGCGGCACUACGCACGAAUUGCGCUCUCCGCCCUGGGUCCGUCGUUGGAGCUGGCCCUGGCGUUGUAUUGGCCCGGUUUCUGGUCGCGAUGAUCCAGUGCCGUUCCCGCCAGAGCUCGCGUGUUGCACGUGA